CAUAACCUUCAGAGUUUUAAAUGUCAUUGUUAAUGCAUCAGAAAACCCAAAGACAGAGAGUCUGGAGAAUUAUAUGUAACAUUUAGAUGAUUUGGGUAAACAAUUAAGUUUUUAGUGUAUGUUUAAUGUGCAUUCUGUUUGGGGCCUCUGAGUUUGAAUCCCUGAGACCGAGCUGAUGUUUAGCAACCAUUUCUUAACCAGGAAAAGCCUCCCCUACUCCCAGCCCAUAGCCAUUUGAGCUUCACUGGCUUUUUUGAACAGAAGCCUUUCUCAGUUUGUGCUUGGUUCAGUGAACACGGUUACUGUUUAAAAACAGUGGCUGUCGAGUUGUAUGUCUCACCACCCUUUGCUCUUCUUCUGAGCUACCUCACGCUGUGUGAGAGAUAAUACUUGGCAUGAUUAAACUGCCCCUUCACUGAUAUUUGGUCUUUGCCUGGCUGAGGACGCAAAGCAAGAAGAGGAAGACAUGCAGAUAUGUUGCAGGAUAUUCAAGAAAGAAGGAUUUUAGCAUGGAAGACACUAAACUGGACUCGCCCGACAGCUAUAAAGUACAAGAGAAGAAAAAUGCCUCCAACCGCCCUGCCUCUGCAAUUUCAGGACAAAAUAACAACCACUCAGGAAAUAAACCAGACCCUCCACCUGUGUUACGUGUUGAUGACCGGCAGCGCCUGGCCCGGGAGCGACGUGAGGAACGGGAGAAACAGCUAGCUGCAAGAGAAACUGUGUGGUUAGAAAGGGAAGAGCGAGCCAGGCAGCACUACGAGAAGCACCUGGAAGAGCGGAAGAAGAGGUUGGAGGAGCAGAGGCAGAAGGAGGAGCGGAGGAGGGCUGCUGUGGAGGAGAAGCGGAGGCAGAGACUUGAGGAGGACAAAGAACGCCAUGAAGCUGUUGUACGGCGUACAAUGGAAAGGAGCCAGAGGCCAAAACAGAAGCAUAACCGGUGGUCGUGGGGAGGCUCUCUCCAUGGGAGCCCUAGCAUCCACAGUGCAGGUGGUUUUGUUGAAUCAUCAUUCUCCUCUCUCGAUUUAGCAGGCCUGGACCACCACUUCAUAACUUUUGGUGGUACUAGAAAAGCUGAUCCAGACAGGAGGUCAGUUUCCACCAUGAAUCUUUCGAAACAUGUUGAUCCCGUCAUUAGCAAGCGGCUCUCCUCCUCAUCUGCAACUUUACUUAAUUCUCCAGAUAGAGCUCGCCGCCUGCAGCUCAGCCCAUGGGAGAGCAGCGUUGUUAACAGACUCCUGACGCCCACACAUUCAUUCCUGGCCAGAAGUAAAAGCACAGCUGCCUUGUCUGGAGAAGCAGUUAUCCCCAUUUGUCCUCGUUCAGCAUCUUGCAGUCCCAUCAUCAUGCCCUACAAAGCUGCACACUCUAGAAAUUCGAUGGAUCGACCAAAACUCUUUGUAACACCACCUGAGGGCUCUUCUCGCAGGAGGACCAUUCAUGGCACAGCGGGCCAUAAAAAAGAAAGAGAGAGAGAAAAUACACCCUUCCUCCUUACAUCUGGCACCCGAAGGGCUCUAUCUCCAUCGAAUCCCAAAGCAAGACCGCCAGCUUCCUCCCGACUUUGGCUUCCGUCCAAGUCUCUUCCUCACUUGCCUGGGACACCCAGACCCACAUCCUCUUUGCCACCCGGCACAGUCAAAGCUGCUCCUGCUCAGGUCCGGCCCCCAUCCCCUGGCAACAUCCGCCCUGUCAAGAGGGAAGGCAGAGUGGAGCCUGAGAAAAAAGACCCUGAGAAAAAGGACCCUGAGAAGGAACCCCAGAAAGUUGCCAAUGAGCCCUCACUAAAGGGCAGAGCACCUUUAGUGAAGGUGGAAGCCACCACAGUUGAAGAGGGGACACCUGCCAAACCAGAAGCUGGCCCUGCUGCUCCAGCCACGGCCCCAGCUCCAGCCACGGCCCCAGCUCCAGCCUCGGCCCCAGCUCCAGCCUCGGCCCCAGCUCCAGCCUCGGCCCCAGCUCCAGCCUCAGUCCCCACCCCAGCCAUGGUCCCACCACCGGCAUCCACUGUGACUGUCAGUGCUUCUCCUAAGCCUUCUGCAGGAACCACCGACCCAGAAGAGGCCACAAGGCUGCUAGCUGAGAAGAGGCGGCUGGCCCGAGAGCAGAGAGAAAAGGAAGAAAGGGAGAGGAGGGAGCAGGAAGAGCUUGAAAGGCAAAAGAGAGAAGAAUUGGCUCAACGGGUGGCUGAAGAGCGGACUCGCCGUGAGGAGACUCGCCGGCUGGAGGCAGAGCAGGCCCGGGAGAAGGAGGAGCAGCUGCGGCGGCAGGCGGAGGAGCGGGCGCAGCGCGAGCGGGAGGAGGCGGAGCGGGAGGAGGCGGAGCGCGCCCAGAGGCAGAAAGAAGAAGCUCGUGUUCGUGAAGAAGCAGAGAGGGUCCGGCAGGAACGAGAGAAGCAUUUCCAGAGAGAGGAGCAGGAGCGCCUGGAGAGAAAAAAGCGACUUGAGGAGAUUAUGAAAAGAACCAGGAGAACAGAAGCUACAGAUAAGAAAACCAUUGAUCAGAGAAAUGGCGAUAUAGCCAAGGGAACUCUUGCUGGAGGAACAGAGGUAUCUGCGCUUCCAUGUACAACAAACGCUCCGGGAAAUGGAGAGCCAGUUGCCAGCCCACAUGUGGUUACCUCACACCAAUCAAAAGUAACAGUGGAGAGCACUCCCGACUUGGAAAAACAACCAAAUGAAAAUGGAGUAUCUGUUCAGAAUGAAAAUUUUGAAGAAAUUAUAAACUUACCCAUUGGAUCUAAACCAUCCAGAUUAGAUGUCACCAAUAGUGAGAGCCCAGAAAUUCCUUUGAAUCCGAUUUUGGCCUUUGAUGAUGAAGGGACACUUGGGCCCCUGCCUCAGGUAGAUGGUGUCCAAACACAACAGACUGCAGAAGUUAUAUGAGUAUUUCUUCUGAAGAACCAAAGCUGAAAUUUAAUGAGAAUUUCUACAAUUAAUGGAAUUCCUUUCAUGCUAUAAAGGAGCAUCCCCUCCUCCAGUUUUCUAAAGAGCUCUUGACCAUCAUUUUGAAAAGAUUUAUUAAAAAUAACUAAAGACAACAGAUGAUAGCUUUUCUAAUAAUUUUCAUCAAUAGAAAAAAGGAAAUACUUCUCAUUCUUCAAUACUUUCAAAUGGCUUUUUCCAGUGUGCUCCUUCUUAGCAAAUCAAUAUUUUUCUGCAUUCUUUAAAAGACAAGAGCAUUUGGCUAUAAAAGAAAUGGGCUGACUAAGCAUGAUUUUUUUGGUCUUAAAAGCUUCACAUGUAAAAUUGGCAAAAAAAAAAAUUUUACCUUUUAUAAUAUAAUACUUGAAAAAUAAGUACCUCUUUGCUCUACAAGUAGAAUGAAUGGGGAAGAGUUUAAACCUGUUUGUUUAAAUAUUAUUGCAAAGAACUCUAUUUGUAGAGGCAAAUUAUAGGCAGAUUACCAGGUUCUUAUAAAUACAACUUGUACAUGGACAUUCUGCAAACUAAGCUGUCACAUUUUUCUUGCAACUCCUUUUGCAAAAGUAUACUAAAAUGUUUUAAAAUAUGGAAAAAAAAUUAUUUUUUCAGAGCAAGAAAAUAAUUUACUGUCCUCUUAAUGUAUUUAUAAAGUUUUUCCAUAUGAACUAAUCAAAUAAGUUAGAACAAUGUGACAACAUUACAAAUUUAAUUUGUUAGAUGCAUUCCUUCUAAUGUUACAUGAGAGAAUGUUACUGAUGAUUCAGGGCUCUUUCUGAAGUCUGUGUGUUGCUGCUGUCCCCAGUGAUGGUGGACUUAUCUUUGCCUUACCUGAUCACGAAUUAUGUUGGGGAAAAUAAAGAUUUAAUAUUUCUUUAAAUAAAAAAGAAUUUGGUUUUGCUCGUUUAAGAGCAAUGAAAAACAUGAUAGAAUGUUGACUGUGUUUGGCACACAGGACACGGCCCUUGAUGGAAGUCCUUGUUCUGCGUGGCACCUGUCAGCUUUCACCUUUCAUUCUUAUUCUUCACUUUUGCUGCUGAGCCUGGCUGUAUAAACUUGCACUUUCAUUUGCUAAUAUAAAUUCAAUUUUAUUUUACCAUAUUAGAGACUACUAAUUAUUAAAUGUAGAAGAAGAGGGCGUACAUGUUUUUACGUGGAGUGUUAAAAGUAAAUUUAUACCACUGUAAUGUGCAGGUUUUAUUAAAAGAGAAAUUGGUUAAACUGCUAGGUUGAAUGAGACUUUAUCUAUUGGACUUUUUUUUUUAAUCCAAGCAUAUGGUCUUUAGUAACAGCUUGUAAUUUGUUAAAACGUUCAUUUGGGGGUUUUCCCUAUUUUCAGUUGUCCAUGUACACAGUCAUUAUAUUAAAAAAGAAAUCUGUUCAACAAAGUUGUUUUAUUUGUUUAAAUCAACGUAGCAUGAAACACCAAAUAAAAUGUUGACAUAGUUUUA